GUCGCACAUCGAUAUUGUACAGGAGGCCUGAGGGGAACUCAGACAGAACUGACAGAAGGAAAAGUGUACUCAACAAGGAGAACAAUAAAUGUUAUAAUUUCCAGAAUACUAAAACGUUCCACAAUGGCAGACCAUGAAGAUCUGGAAUUCAACCCAUUCUACAAAACUCUUCAGUCUACAUACUGGAGCCGAUUUGAAGACGCUCAAGCUAAGAGAUACCUUGUGUGCAUACCACAGACAGCCUCGUUAGUAGGAGUCAAUAUCGACAACAAUUUUCUUGACACUCAUCUUUUGAAGCCAUCCCCUAUGCUACAAGAUCACUACAUCAGCACAGAUAAGAAUGGAUCAAAGACGAUCAUUGUCGACGAAGCCUUUAUCUUGACAACAGAGGGCUUCAGCCAGCCAGGUCGUAUACGCAUACUGUCAGAGGAGUUAGGCUAUAACAAGGAUUACAAGCCAUUCAAGAUGUUGAUUAUUGAGAAACCCUUGGAAGGUGCAGUCAAGGGAAGGAGAGGAUCGGCAGGGUUAUCAGACGAGUUUCUUACCCCAAGAACAAGGUUCCUAGAGAACAAACAGUUCUUGGGUAUGUUCCCUGAGAAUCGUCACACUGUAAAAUGCCUUGAAGAAAGCAUACAUCAGUUCAACCAGAAUUACAUGAUUGUACAAGGAUACCUGAAAGAUAUCGCCAAGAAACUCAGAAGAAUAUGUGAAGAGCACAAACAGAUGUUUGCUGAAGCUAAUCACUACAUCAAGCUACAAUCAGAUGGCAGGCUUGAAGAAGUAUUAUCAGUGGCAGUAGAAAGCUACGUGAUGGGCAGUGUCCAUGCAAAAGUCUUCAAAGCAAUCAGUGCUGAGAAGAAUCCAGAUGACGCUCUCAUCUCUGAUAAGCUACAGCAGCUCCAGGGCAUCACAGGGGAACAGCUAGGAGUUGCAGAGGAGUUUUGCUGCCCUCUGCCAGCAGCGGUUGUGGAGUUGGCAAGGCUAGACGGCAUCAACACUCCUCACGAGAAACUCACCUGUCUUCAUUCAACUCUGGAUAACAUCACAGAAGAGGUGAACAUCCAUUUAAGAGAAAACCUAGCACCAGGCCACAGUCCCCAAUGUCUCACAUCCGAUGAUCUCCUUCCGCUCCUGGUGCUUGUAAUCAGCCAAGCAAAGUGCAGACAUCUAGCAAGUAAUCUGUACUACCUGGAAAAUUUCCACUGGGUUUCAUCAAAGCACGACAACUUAGGGUAUUCAUUAGUAACUUUCACCGCAGCAAUGGAGUAUAUCAAGAACACUGACUUCUCACACAUGAAGACAAACAACAACAAAAUUAAGAAAGAGAUGAGCAUUGAAGAGCUCAUGGCAGCAUCCAAAUUUGCCUAUGGCACUGUGAGUACCACGAGCGGAGAUUCCACCCCUACCCAGAGAAUCUUUGAUCAGUCGUCUAGUGUAGCGCCCUCAUCUGUGGAGCAGCAGUCAACAUAUCAGAUGAAAUCUCUUCAGAUGCAGCUAGAUAACAUCAGCAGGAUGAUGGAGUCUUCUUCAAUCUCAUCAGGCCCAACCAGUAUAUUUGGAGGCUUUGAUGGUGGGUCAAGAGAAGCAGGAGCAAAGGGACCUCCACCCGAUGUCAUACCGGCCUCGGAACAUAGACCAAACAGAGCCCAGCUAGGUGGAUUCUUAGCUGCUCUGCAGAGUGAUGUCCUUGACUGUUCUUAUGGCAAGCAGGACUAGACCGAUACAGAAGGUUCCAGGGAAAGAUAGACGUAUUCAGAAGCUUUGUCUAGGUCAAAGUUCAUAGUGGAAUCAGAUUCUACAGAAGACUAGAUUAGUUGAUAGGUUUUCAACAAGACUUGACGUGAUACCUGGGACCGCUUGUAUGGAAAGCAUGAACACUUUAUCGCAGAAGCCUCAUCCUGACCAAGACCAAGACCAGGCUUGAAGACCCAAGAGUCAUUGAUGUGUUAGGCAGGACUAGAUUAAUAGAGAAAGUUUCAAACAAGACUGGUCGAGAAGAGAUGUUAAAACUUUAAACAAGACUAGACUUUAUUUCAUAGACUACAUGUAGCAGUGUUAAAAGGAGGACUAGAUUUAUUCAGAAGCCUGGUCCUGUUCCUGUAGCUGAGUAAGGUUCCAAACAUAACUAGACCAGUUGAAAAGUAAGGUAUUCAACAAGACUUCACAUGAAAUCUUAGACUUCUUGUAUUGAAAUGAUGAAGAUAUGAAUGCAGAAGCCACAUAUAGGCCAUAACUAGACUUGACGUCCUUGAUUAAACCUGGCUAGUUGAACAGUAAGGUUCCAAGCAAGACUAGAUCUAAUAUUCUACAAUGCUUGUAUGGAAAACAGUACGAGUUGACAGUAACAUUGCAUGUGAACAUUUUAACUUUGUCCCAUCUUAUGGCAUUUCUUGGUGUAUAAAUAAUCUAUUGGCUCUACCAAUUUGGGGUUUGUAUGGCAAAUGGGUAAAUGCAUCAACACCCUUUCUUUACUGAUACCAAAGAUAAUGUCGAACUGAAAAUGUGACAUAUGGUAUCCCUUUGUAGCAAAGGUAUCUCUUGAAUGUAAUGACUGAGAAAGUAUUAGAUUUCAGUCGAUAGUUGUGGACAGCUAUGAAUGAGAGUACAGUCAGCUCUGCAUGAGUCGAAUCUGUGUGGACCACAAAAAAUAGUUCAAGUCAUGCAAAAUUGGACUAUUUGAAGUUUAAAUAACACGUUUUGCAGUUUGGUCUAAACAAAUUAUUAUGAAGCAAAGUGUAUGAUUUCGUGCUAACACAUCUAUUUUCUUUAGUGUAUUUUGUAGAGUAAUGGUGCAAAGCUGCUGCAAAAGCAAUGCUAAUGACAUUACUUCUGUACAUGUGCGAUCAUUGUGAUGAUAUUGUUAUUUGAAAAGAUAUAUGUGCAAAGCUACAUGUGUUUGCAAUAAACGCAUUUACUGUGGCAUUAAGUAUUGUAGGUGAAUGGAUAGUGAACUAAUUUAUUGGAAAGUUGCAAUAGUUGAUUACCGGUAUUUGUUUGAUCUUGUGCGAGUUGUAUUAUUGUUCCAAUACUGUAAGAUAUGUUUUAACAAUGCCUGUAAAUUUCAUUGUGAACAGUGCAAAUCAUAAAAGUAUUAAAUCAUUUCUUACUUUUUGGUUUGAGCCGACCUAAAAAAACAUAUAUUGUUAAUAAGUAAAAUGUUUCAGUAAAGUAAAAAUCUGUGAUCUUUAGUAUCCGAUAAUUGUUAUUAAAAGGGGAAUUAUUCCAUACAAAAUUUCUGUUCAGUCCUCAACUUGGAAUGAAAAGAAAAAAAUGCAUGGAACAAAUAAGAGAGUUUCUAAUGGGUCGGGAAGUUAUCAUGAUGUGGGUGAUUUCCUGUAUCUCAAUUUUAAAAUUUCCUAUCUUUUAAAUUUCUUUGCCCCAUUAGCUUUCUAUUUAGGGUUAAUUCUCUUUUAAAUUGUACCAUAUAGCUUCAGAUCACAGUGCACCUAGAUUAAGGCUUUUGAAGCAACUGAAAAAGAAAAAAUACUGUUUUAACAACAUGAAAUGUUUGUUUUUCCUCUUUGUAUUGUUUAUUGUAAAAAAAAAUCCUUUAUAGACAAAAUAUAGUUUAAUAUAUCCACAUGUACAUUUACCCUGUUCAUAAAGAGGAAACAGAAUAAAAAGUUCAUUGGCACCUGUGGCCAAUGUAAUCCCUUCCAAA